UCUUUGUAGAAAACAAUUUUAAUACUACUUAUGUAUAUAUUAUUAAGAUAAGAUAAUCACAUGGAACUUCUUCUCUCUUAUAACAUAAUUUCUUCUCUGUCUGUUUCUCUUCUCAGAACUGGACUUCCUCUCACAUUCAUAACCAGAGCUUAUUCUUCCUCUUCUCUAAACCCAUUUUCAAUAUUCUUUUCACAUACCCAUACUUUCUCCCUCUCUUUGCUAACUGCAAAGUAUUUCGCCGGAUACUUUAAGACGGCAGCCGAACAGAUUUCUCUAACACUUAGUCAGAGGGAUCGAACACAGAGGCAUAAGGUGGAUGUUUGAUGCUAAAGAGAAAUCAGUAGGUUCGAUUGAGAAGAGAAAUCAGCGGUUGUUUAAAUCAGAAGGUUUGGUAUGUUGAUUUUGGAGUUUAUGAAUAUGAAUUUUCAAUUUGGGAGGAUCAUUUCUUUUAAAAUCAACGUUUGAUUUGUUGAUUUUGGAGUUUAUGAUCAAGAAUUUUCAAUCUGGGAUGUAAAUUCGACAUCGCAUCGCAGAUGAUGAAGAUUGAUCUAUACUAUGAAGACUUUUUCCAAACUUAGGCAAAUACACCAAACAUAAGCUUGAUAUGGAGAAUCAGACUUUUCGUUGUAAAAAGCCAAUAUAUGACUUGAUGUGUCAAAUAUAUUGUUGAACUAUAUAUUUAAUUGAGAUGAUGGCACUUUCAUGUCAAAGCUGGCAAAAUCCUUGAGUCCUACACCAUCAGGUUGGUCAUCGAACACAUCCUUCUGCCUCUGGACAGGCGUAAGAUGCGACGAAUUUAACAGCGUAACAUCUAUCAAGCUUGCUUCCAUGUCACUUAUUGGAACAAUUCCUUCUGAUCUCAACUCACUUUCAUCACUCACGUCCCUAGUUCUAUUUUCCAACUCUCUUUCCGGUGCAUUACCCUCACUUGCUAACCUCAGCUACCUCGAAACCGUUUUACUCGACAGCAACAACUUCUCCUCCGUCCCAGACGGUUGCUUCCAGGGACUCGACAACCUCCAGAAACUUUCCAUGAGAAACAACAUCAACCUGGCUCCAUGGACAAUUCCCAUCGAGUUGAUACAUUCUACCCGCCUCGACUUAAUUGACCUCGCAAAUACCAAUCUCGUGGGUCCUCUGCCAGAGAUAUUCCAUCGUUUAUUUAGUUUAAAGAACCUCCGUCUCUCAUAUAACAACCUCACGGGGGAUUUGCCAAUGUCUUUCUCGGGAUCUGGUAUUCAGAACUUGUGGCUCAACAAUCAGAAGCCAAACGGGUUUACAGGUUCUAUCAACGUGCUUGCUUCGAUGACUCAGUUGACUCAGGUUUGGCUUAUGAAUAACAAGUUUACUGGUCAAAUUCCCGAUUUCUCCAACUGUACCGAUUUAUUUGAUCUGCAGCUUCGGGAUAAUCAGUUAACAGGUGUUGUUCCAUCUUCUUUAAUGGCUUUGUCUAGCUUGAAGAACGUUUCCUUGGACAACAAUCAUUUGCAAGGCCCUUUUCCUUCUUUUGGCAAAGGUGUGUCGUUCACUCUUGAUGAAAUCCAUAGCUUCUGUCAAAACGCUCCUGGACCCUGCGAUCCGCGGGUCACUACUUUACUCGGUGUUGCUGGAGAAUUUGGUUAUCCUCUUCAAUUGGUGAAUUCUUGGAAAGGGAACAAUCCUUGUCAAAAUUGGAGCUUCGUUGUGUGUUCAGAGGGGAAGAUUAUUACAUUGAACUUAGCCAACCAGAAACUGAAGGGAACCAUUUCACCUUCAUUUGCAAGUUUAACUUAUUUGAGGAACUUGUAUUUGGGUGAUAACAAUUUGACAGGUUCAAUACCUUCGAGCUUGACAAGUUUAGCGCAUCUUCAGGUUCUAGAUGUAUCUAACAACAAUCUAUCUGGAGAUGUUCCUAAAUUCUCUUCUACACUCAGAUUCAAUUCAACGGGUAAUGUUUUGCUUCGACUUGGAAGUCCGUCUGAAAAGGCAAACACUUCUUACGUGAUGCUGGCUUGGUUGCUAGGGGGAGCGUUGUGUGCUGUAGUGGAUAUGUUAUUUAUUGUGAUGGUUUGUAAACGUAAGGGAUAUCUAAGCUUAUUAAAAACGAGGAUCUUCAAGAACACAAGAAUAGUUAUUGACCACGAUAUUGAGGAUUUCAUAAAAAGAUAUAAUUUGUCAGUGCCUAAGCGGUUUAGUUAUGCAGAUGUGAAAAGGUUCACAAACUCGUUUCGAGAUAAGUUGGGCCAAGGAGGAUAUGGUGUUGUUUACAAAGCCAGUUUACCUGAUGGCCGUCAUGUAGCGGUGAAAGUGAUAAGCGAGUGCAAGGGAAACGGAGAAGAAUUUAUAAAUGAAGUUGCAAGCAUAACAAAAACAUCACAUAUGAACGUUGUUUCACUUUUGGGUUUUUGUUAUGAGAAGAACAAAAGAGCAUUGAUAUAUGAAUUCAUGUCCAAUGGAUCAUUAGAUAAGUUCAUAUACAAAAGUGGAUUUCCAAAUGCUAUUUGUGAUUUGGAUUGGAACACAUUAUUCCAAAUCGUAAUUGGCAUUGCUCGAGGUCUAGAGUAUUUACAUCAAGGUUGUAUUUCAAGAAUUUUGCAUCUUGAUAUCAAACCUCAAAACAUUCUUUUAGAUGAAGAUUUUUGCCCAAAAAUAUCUGAUUUUGGUCUUGCUAAAAUAUGUCAAAAGAAAGAGAGUGUUGUGUCCAUGCUUGGGACAAGAGGAACUAUAGGCUACAUAUCACCGGAAGUAUUUAGUCGAGCUUUUGGUGCAGUUUCUUCUAAGUCUGAUGUAUACAGUUAUGGCAUGUUGAUUCUUGAAAUGACCGGAGGAAAAAAGAAUUAUGACACUGGCGGGUCUCAUACAACCGAAGCAUACUUUCCGGAUUGGAUAUUUAAGGAUCUUGAGCAAGGUAAUUCCCUUUUAAAUAGUUUGGCAAUCUCAGAAGAAGAAAAUGAUAUGCUAAAGAAGAUUACUAUGGUGGCUUUGUGGUGUAUUCAAACGAAUCCAUCAGACAGACCAUCAAUGAGUAAAGUAAUAGAAAUGCUGCAAGGGCCACUUCAUUCAAUACAAUAUCCUCCAAAGCCUAUCUUAUUUUCUCCAAAAGUGCAAUCUUUAUCUUUAUAAAUCUCAUCAGAUAUGUCUACUGGUAAUUUUUACUACUCAAAUCCAAUUAUCAUAGAGAGAGAAUCAAAUAUGUUCGACAAAAGCAAAAAUGUUAUGCAAUUGUAGUAUGAGGCCUGAGGCGUGUAUCUUUUAUAUGUUUUGACAAUGUUGGUUCAUGAAUACAUUCUUUGCAAGUCCUCUUGUAUUAACCAGUCUCUUUAAUGUCGUCUUGAUUUUUUCAAUCAAUUAAUAAUAUUAUGUAUUGAUUUGUAUUAAGUUCUAUAACUGGCACACCAUCUUUUUUUUUGUCAAGUA